AAUUUAUCUCAUGUCAUCAUAGUACUUUGUGUAAAGGAUCAUUCUGGCCGUUGCCGCUUGAAAGACAAGAGGACGAUCAAAACCGGAACGAGCUCCUGGUGGCUCAACGCCAUGGACACGCUGCCUCCAGAACUGGUGGUGUGCAUCUUCGGGAAGCUGCGCUGCCCGCUGACGCUGUUGGACGUGGUGCCUCUGGUCUGCAAGCAGUGGCGCAACCUCUCAAAGGAUCCCCUGGCCUGGGCCAGUGCCGAGCUUGCCUGGGACGGCACGGACCCCAAGGCCCGCAAGGCUUCCGGGCUGCGCUUCGGCAGCAUGCGUCUCGCCGACUCCAGCGGCGAUGAAGACGAUGACGUGUCCGCGGCGUGGGAGAAGUUGAAGGAGGACAGCCUCCGCGUGUCGACGGCUGACGCGGCGCGCAUUCUGCUCCACGCCCCCGCACUGAACUGCAUCAACUUCUGCGCGGACAUGCCGGAGAAGGGCAUGAAGCGGCUGGUGAACGCGCUGCGCCGCAGCAGGACUGUCGUGACGCAGUACUUCACGGUCCACGAGAUGACCUCCUGGCACAUGACGCUGCGUGGCCGCUCGGCCCUGCUGGACAUGAUGUGGCGCAGCCGCAACCACUUAGUUGGGGCCACGGUGCAGCUCAGCAGACAGGAGGAUAUCUCUGACGACGUGCCCGCCUCCAAGCGAGGCCCCCUGCGUGACAGUCAGGGCCGCACCGUGCUGGACGUGCUGGCCCAGAUGCCCACCCUGGAGUGCCUGUCACUGGACGCCUCCUGGGACUACCCGUACGCUGGCGAGCUGAGAGGCAAGCUGCCCCGGCUCCGCAAGCUGUUCAUGAACCGCGGCGACGGCGGCAUCUGCGGGGAGCGCCUCGUGUGCGACCUCAUUGACGGCGCUGCUGCCACACUGGCCGGGCUGGACCUCAACAGGGACUACGGCCGGCCGCAGGACUCCAUUCUGAGGCACCCCAGGAUCCCGGACUACCGCGCCGCCGUGACGCCGGCGCUGAUGGCCAGUGUGGCGGGCUGCAAGCGCCUCUCGUUCCUGGAGGGCCCCGCGGCCCUCGCCCCGCACCUGCCCAGCAUGCCGGCCCUCGCCGAGCUCGUCCUGCACCUGUACCCGGAGCGGCAGCGCGCCGAGGAGGCAAUCAAGCGCGUGUUCGACGCCUGCGAGCGCGUCGCCAAGCUCACCUUCCUGGAGCUGUGGGUCAACAGGGACAACGACGAAGAGUGCUUCCUAGUCGAGGCGCGAUGGCACGAACUGAAGAAUGAAGAACUUCGUUGCAAGAAGUUGGUAAAGGACUUCAAAACGAAGCGCCCUACCGUGGAACUGAAUUUUAACUUUCAUUAGGCGAUGUGUGGCCUGAUAGUUUUCUAGUUGACCGUUUAGCUGUCUCUAAGUUUGUUUCCCUAAGUGUGAAAUAUUCAUGAGAUCGUGCGCCUUGAUUUCUAUUUUCUUUUCACUGUUGGCUCGUAUGCCUUCUUUUUAUGACGGCCAUUGCGUUUGUAUUAAUAUUCUUUUUUUUUUUAAAUAUCCUUUUUGUUGUUCAUGAGGAUCUCUGUAAUAAAGGUCUGAAAUUGAUUUGGCGUUUCUGUGAAA